AUGGCUCUUCAAGGGAAAGAUAAAGGCAAAGCAAAUAUUGGUGAAAGUUCUUCUAACCCAGCUCAAGAUUCUAAAAUUGAGAUUGUGGAACCUAAUUUAAUGUCAAGGAGGUUUCUAUUCAACAUCAGAAAUCGUCCAUUGACACCCUCUAAGCUGGUUGUGUUGUGUCCACUGUUGUUAAAAAGAAAGAGGCGCUUGACGGAGUCGGAGAUUCUCAAGCAUCUCGAUCAAGGCACAUCUUCUUCAAAUGCGGCUCCGGUUCCGGAAGUCGUAUACACAAAUGAAUUUAUCUACCAUAAGAUGUGUUCACUUGAGAAUCUUGUGACUACCUGUCUCUAG